AUGGAGACGGAGCUCGAGGAAGAGACGUUUUAUGGCGCUGAUGACCUGGGGACAAUGAGCAGGGAGGGGACAGGACCCUCAAGCCCCUUGCAGGAGGACCCCAACUUCUUCUCCUCGCUCUCCCGCCAAGAGCCCGACGUGGCCCUGGAAGCGCACGAUGUGGCUGAUGAGCCUGAUCCUGCCCUGUCUGGUGCCGUCCCGGCCACAGCUCCCAGGACCGAGCUCGGCUCCCCCAGUGACGAGCGUUUGGAAUUCCAGAAGGUUUUGUACAGGCCGGAUGCCAGGAGCUCCCUGGAGCUGCGGAACGUGGCGGUGUCUGGUGGUGGGACCUGGGACACCUCCAGCCUGGGGACAAGAGCGGGCGAUGGGAGGGAGGGAAGCACUUUGGAGAGAGCCCCUGGCUCCAAGGACACGCGAAGCCCCAGUCCUCACUACAAAGACAUGAACAAGCCAACAGAUGUAGCAGCCAACUUGCCCUUCCGGGGACAGGCCCUGCGGGAAGUGCCUCCUCCGCCGACUCCGACGCUGUUCCGGAAAACGCUCAACCCUGUCCUGGGCAAGACCAAAUCCCUGGAGAGCUCCUCGUCCCACAGGAAGGGGCUGAUUGUGGACUCAGAGAUGGGUGAGGUCAACCCACUCAACACAGCUGCGUGGACAAUUCAAAAGCCAGGUCUGCAGCUCGGCCCUGACCUCACCGUGGGCAAGCAGUCCUGGACAGUGAAUGCGGAGGACUCGGUGGAGAGGGUCCCGGUGGCAGCUCUGGAACCUGCUCCCUGCAGCUCCUAUGAGGUGGAGAUGAGGCCCUACGUGUGCAGCGUCCUGCUGGAGGAGCAGGGGAAGGAGGAGCUGGGUCAAGAGGAGGACCCCACGGUCUACACCUGCAUCGAGUGCAGCAUCUACUUCAAGAAGAAGGAACACCUGAUGGAUCACAUGCUCCAGCAUAACCGUGGACCAGGGAGGGACCAAGAUAGAGAUGCUCUGGGGGGGCAGUGUCAGUUCUGCUGCAACGAGUGCGGGUGGGCCUUUGGAGACCCUACCUCUCUGGAGCAGCACAAGAGGCUCCACCAAGAGUCCAGGGAAAAAAUCAUCGAGGAGAUCCAGAAGUUGAACGAGUUUCCGGACGAGGGCCGGGACGCCCGGCUCCAGUGCCCCAAGUGUGUCUUUGGCACAAACUCCUCCAAGAUCUUCGUCCAACAUGCCAAGAUGCACGUCAAGGAGAGGAAGGACCAAGGAGCAAAGAACCUGAAUCUCUUUGGAAGCUCCAGCAGUGGAGAACUCCAGGACAACCCCAUGCAGGGCAUCUACAAACACCUCAAACCCAACGAUCACCCGUCCCUGCAGGUGCCACCUCCCGCCAGCGGCAAAGGGCUCAGCACCUGUGUGCUCUGCAGCUUCCCAGCUCCCAAUGAGAACAUCCUCAAGGAGCACAUGAAAUACGCCCAUUCCCACCUCUCCUGGGACACGGAGGUGUACGAGGAUGAUCCCAACCAGCCAGGAACCAGCCGAGAUGCCUACAGCCCAGCCAGGACAGGCCGCUUUCCAGACCCGGAUUAUUUCGGCAAAGCGGAACAGCUCUUCCCUCCAUCCCACCGGGAGAGCACGUCCCAGUAUGAAGCAAUCCAUGGAUUUCCCCUGAGCCACCCCCGGCUGGACAAGAGCAAUGGGGCCAGUAAAAAGGACCACCAGGCCUCGGGGUUCCACGCCAGGAAAGGAGCUCCCUACGCUGCUCCUCACAAAGCCCUGGGACUUGCCGGCAUGGAAGAGGAGAUCUCCAUGAGCACAGAGAUGGCUUUGAGCGGGAACAGGGAUGUCAAACCUGUCACUGUCCCUCAAGCUGCCUUGGAGCUCAAGAGGACGUUCAGACACACCUUGAAGGCCACGGACUCUUCAAUAGCUUCGGAGGAGCAGCAGCAGCAGCUGCGGAAGAUGGUCCCCAUUGUCCUCCUGGAGAAGGUGAACCUGCACCCCAAGGCGACCAAGCGGCCUCGGGCCAAGGCGUUCAAGAGGAAAACGAUGCUCCCUCCUCGGGAAUUCCUGGUGGAAGAGCACCUUCCCUUGGAUAUGCUCCUGCUGGAUUCUCCUCUGGAGGGUCCUCUGGAGCUUGAUGACCUCUUGGACUCUGACUCACCCAUGCUGAAGAAUGAGGAGAGGAAAUGUCCCUACUGCCCAGACAGGUUCCACAACGGGAUCGGGUUGGCGAACCACGUGCGGGGCCACCUCAACAGGGUGGGGGUGAGCUACAACGUCCGGCACUUCAUCUCAGCAGAAGAAGUGAAAGCCAUUGAGCAAAAAUUUUCCUUCCAAAAGAAGAAGAAAAAAGUUGCAAACUUUGACCCCAGCACCUUCAGCCUGAUGCGCUGCGAGUUCUGCGGGGCCGGCUUCGACACACGGGCCGGGCUCUCCAGCCACGCCAGGGCCCACCUGAGAGACUUUGGCAUCACCAAUUGGGAACUCACCAUCUCACCCAUCAACAUCCUGAAGGAGCUGUUGGCCAACUCGGCCGAGCACCCACUGCUGCAGGCAGCCCUGGGGGCCCAGCCCCCCUCCCCGGGCCGGGACCCUCAUGGCUUCACGCCCCGCAAGAGCGUCACCCCCAUAUCCGAGGGCAGCAUCCCACGAUCUCCUCUGUCCCCUUUCCCCCCAUCCUGGGGAGAUGAGGCCCUGCAGCCCUACAGAGAUGCCCAGAAUCUCACCACCUGCGAGGUUUGUGGCGCCUGCUUCGAGACCCGCAAAGGUUUAUCCAGCCACGCCCGCUCCCACCUCCGGCAGUUGGGGGUGGCCGAGUCGGAGAGCAGUGGAGCCCCCAUCGACCUCCUCUAUGAACUGAUGAAGCAGAAGGGGAAGCCCGAGGGCAGCUCCUUGUGUCCCCCCCUGGGAAAAAAGACCCCCAAAGACACCGCAUCUCCCCGACCCUCCCUCCUGGCGCUCGGCAAGGCGGCCGGCGAGCGCUCGCUGGACGCUCCUGUCAACAAAGCCAUCAAAUCUCCUCCUGGUUUCUCCAAAAACCUUUCCCAACCGGGAUCUCCCAUCCUAAAGAAGGUGCCACCUGCUCUCUCGGGGUCUCCAUCUCCCAAGAAUCCUGAGGAGAAGAGCUCCAAGCUCUCGCUGAGCCCCCUGCAGAGCUCCCCGAAGGCGCAGUGGCCGCAGACGGAUGAGGAAGGACCCCUGAAUUUAACCUCGGGCUCGGAGCCGGUGCGCGACAUCCGCUGCGAGUUCUGCGGGGAAUACUUCGAGAACCGGAAGGGCCUUUCCAGCCACGCGCGCUCCCACCUGCGCCAGAUGGGGGUGACCGAGUGGUACGUCAACGGUUCCCCCAUCGACACCCUCCGGGAGAUCCUCAAACGCAGAACCCAGCCCCGGAGCAGCACCUCCCACCCCCCUGGACCUGGGCAAAAAGCCAUGGCCAAGACCCUCCUGGGCACCAUGGGAUCCUUGGAGCCGCGCGGUCCCGGAGAGCUUCACAUCCCAACUCUUCCCAAGAAGGUCCAGCAACCUGGCAGCCCCAUGGGGCAAUCUCCUACCUCGUCCCCACCUCCCACCGCCCGGAAGAUGUUUCCAGGCCUUUCUCCUCCCUCCUUGCAGAAGAAACUCAAACAAGAUCAACUGAGGGUGGAAAUCAAACGGGAGAUGAUGUCGGGAGGACUCCAUGGAGAACCUCACCCCUCCGACCGAGCCUGGUCCCCGCGGGAGGAGAUGUCCCCCCUCAACCUCUCCUCCCGAGCUGACCCGGUGCGCGACAUCCGCUGCGAGUUCUGCGGGGAAUACUUCGAGAACCGGAAGGGCCUUUCCAGCCACGCGCGCUCCCACCUGCGCCAGAUGGGGGUGACCGAGUGGUCGGUCAACGGUUCCCCCAUCGACACCCUCCGGGAGAUCCUCAAGAAGAAAUCCAAACCCUGCCUCAUCAAGAAAGAACCUCAUCCCGCCACCAUCGAACCCCCCAAAGCCAUCGGCGAGGAAGGGACGGAGCUCAAGUCCCCUGGGAAGAUUCUCCAGGGAAUGGCCCUGGCCCCGCUCGGGGGGAGGCCUGGGAAGCCCAAUCCCAGCAGCUCCUCCUUGAACCGGGAGCUUUCCCUGGCCCCACUGGCCGGGAAGGCCCCGGGGGGAUUCCUGGCGCCCUUGGGCACCAAACGACCUCUGGCUGAGGAGCGACUGGGGCCGCACGGGGAGGUGAAGCACAAGUCCUACAUCCAGACCGAGCUGCCCUUCAAGUCCAAGGCCCUGCACGAGAAACCCACCCAUUCCUGUAAGUGGGAAUGUGGGAUGGAGUUUGAGCGGCGACAGGCGAGACCCCUGGAUGCCCCCCUGCCCCGGGACGAGGAGGGGAACGAGUUCCAGCAGAAGCUGGAGGAGGCGCGGCCGCCGCCGCCACGGGUGCGCCCGGUGCCCUCGCUGGUCCCGCCCCCGCCCCAGACCUCCCUGGUGAAGUUCGUGGGGAACAUCUACACCCUCAAGUGCAGGUUCUGCGAGGUGGAAUUCCAAGGCCCCCUCUCCAUCCAGGAGGAGUGGGUCCGACAUCUCCAGCGACACAUCCUGGAGAUGAAUUUCUCCAAAGCGGAUCCGUUCCGGAGCGACGCGCCCCCCGCGCCCCCCGACCCCCCGCCCCUGGCCCAGGCUCCGUGA